UUCAUUUUCAGUUCUUUUUAAUGGGUUUUUCGGGGGUUUUUUGUUUCGUUAUGAAUGCAGAUUAGUAGUACUCCCACAUUGUUGAAGUAUACAAAAGUAUUCAAGUCAAGAUCACGUUUUCUAUCUGUUUCCUGAGCUAAAUUUUGCUGGGUUGGAUUUUGUUUUUGUCUGAUAAAUUAUUACAUCAGUUUUGUAGUGAAUUUGGGAUGAUUGGUAAUUAACUGAUAAUUUUAAUUGUCUUGUAAUUUUGUUAAAUCAAAAAGAUUCUUGUUUGUUUGAUAAGGAAAGAACUAAUUAAAAGAAGGGCUCGUAUACUCAUGUAAAAGAAGGCCAGCACUUUUUCUGUAAAAAUUCUGACCAGCAUGCAGCGAUUCGGAUAGGAAAUAGCAAUUUUGUUUAAGCUUGAGCUUUUCAGAUUAGAUGGUAAUUUAUGAAUAUCCCUGUGAAGAAGAAGGGGGGAAACACGCUUUGACUUGUAUUGGGAAUUUAUUGUUGACCCUUCUGUUCUUUCGUUUUUAUUGUCAGUGAACAGGUUGGGAAUUUGCUAUUGAGGAGAUAUUGACUUGGGAUUCUUGAAAAUUCUCGAGAAAUGGAGAGUAAUGCGUCUGGGGAUGACUUUGGUGACAUUGAUUGGAAUACUGAAGAUGAACUAGAAAUUUCAGAAAUACCAAUUUCUACUUCGAACUUGCCCACUCCUGGUGGUGUGACAAUUGUUUGCAAUGGCGAGGAAAGCUCAUCUGCUCAUUCUUCCAAUUCCAAGUUGAUUCAGCAUUUCGUAGGGAUGGGAUUUCCAGAUAAAUUGGUGGUCAAAGCAAUUGAAGAAAUUGGAGAAGGCAGUUCCGAAGGGAAAAUACUAGAUACGGUUCUUACAUACUUGGAACUUCAGAAUUCCAGUGAAGAGCAUGGCUGUAUUGACUCUGAUCAGAGCACUUCUGGUUAUGAUGAGAGCCUUCUUCAUGAUUCAGAUAUUGAUAGCUGGUCUGAUGAUGAUGAUGAGGAAAAUUCUGAUGAUUUGUCCGAGUCGGAGAAAAAAUUGCAAACCUUACAAAAAAUGGGAUACUCUGUUGAUGAGGCGACAGAAGCUAUGCAUAGAUGUGGUCCAGAUGCCUCAAUUGCUGUAUUAACCGAUUUCAUUUGUGCGGCUCAAAUAGCAAGGGCAGAAGCUCCAGACCUGCCUGCUGAGAUUAAGCCAAAGGCAAAUUAUACCUGCAGUCAAAAUGGAAAAUUGAAGAGGAGGCUGUAUGCUGAGCUGGAUAACAGGAAAAAGCAAAGGGGCAUGGUAGGAGAAGAUAGUGAGAUGAUUCGCCUGCCAAAACCCAUGGUAGGUUUUGGUCUACCUACAGAUGAUCAAUCAAGUAUUGUAAGAGAAAGAACUCUUCCAGAGCAAGCACUAGGCCCACCAUACUUUUAUUACGAGAAUGUUGCACUCACUCCUAAGGGUGUAUGGGAUGAAAUAUCAAAGUGCUUGUAUUAUGUGGAGCCAGAAUUUGUUGAUUCGAAGUAUUUUUGUGCUGCUGCAAGAAAAAGAGGAUAUGUCCAUAACCUACCAAUUCAAAACAGAUUCUCUCUUCGUCCACUUUUGCCCCUCAACAUAGAAGAAACAUUUCCCCUGACCAAGAGAUGGUGGCCAUCAUGGGAUUCACGAACAUAUUUAAACUGCUUGCAAACAGCAAUUGGGAGUGCAAAGUUGCAGGAUAGGAUUCGCAAGGCUGUUGAAGCAUAUGAUGGGGAGCCACCUGAGCAUGUCAAGAAGUAUGUAAUUGAUCAAUGCAAGAAGUGGAAUUUGCUGUGGGUAGGAAGAAACAAGGUUGCCCCCUUGGAACCUGAUGAAUUUGAGUUGCUGUUGGGUUUCCCCAGGAAUCAUACUAGAGGAGGUGGGAUUAGUAGGACUGACAGAUAUAAAUCACUUGGCAACUCAUUUCAGGUUAAUACUGUGGCAUACCAUCUGUCUGUCCUGAAACCUUUGUUCCCUGACGGCAUCAACAUCUUAUCGCUUUUCUCUGGGAUUGGUGGUGCAGAAGUUGCUCUCCACCGACUUGGGAUCCCAUUGAACAACGUAGUUUCUGUUGAAAAAUCUGAAAUCAAUAGAAAUAUAGUCCGCAGUUGGUGGGAGCAGACAAAUCAGAAGGGGAAUCUGAUUGACUUUGAUGAUGUGCAGACCUUAGAUGCAUACAAGAUAGAGAGUUUAGCAGGUAAAAUUGGAGGUUUCGAUCUUGUAGUUGGUGGCAGUCCUUGUAAUAAUCUGGCCGGUAGCAAUAGAGUGAGCAGGGAUGGACUGGAGGGUAAAGAGUCCAUUCUCUUUUAUGAAUAUGUCCGGAUAUUGGACACAGUCAAGAACAUAAUGAGUGGGCGACGGUUUAAUUGAUGGUUGCCCGGGCAGAUAUCUUGAUACCUGAUUUCAUUCAUUGGAAAGUCUGUAGGCCAUAAAUUUUCAUUCAUUGGAAAGUCGUAGGCCGUAAAUUGCUUCUCUUUAGUGAAUGAAACAUCACAACAUUCAGUAACUUUAGCUUUAACUUGCUCUCAAGUGUAAAUUCAUAUUGAUUUAUUUGCCCUGUAAAAGCCCAAGAUAUCCAACCACAAGUGUACAAGCUUCUCCCAGUUGUACUUUGGAAACAGGAUUCUGGACUUCCAGUCUUAAAUUUGUAUCAAGUAGAAAAUUUGAACUUGCAAAUGUUAGAUAUGAUCCAGUUCUCACA